AUUGACGUUUAUCUACAGAAAAUUUUUGACCGGCCAUUGAGAGUUUUGUUCUGCCAUUAUCAAGCUUCACUGAAAAUCAGUUUAAAACGGAUAAGAAUUUCCAAACAAAUUGUAUUGUGUGCAGCGAAAGGCGCAAUGGCUAGAUCAAAAAAUCGCUCUGAAUCGGCCGAUUCAGACAAGGUAGCAAAGAAACAGCGCGGUCGCGAAAAAGAACGCAAAAAGCGAAACGCUUCUAGUAGCGAUAGCAGUGGAAGUUCAUCGGAUAGUAGUUCUUCACGAAGCAGUUCCGGUUCGCGUUCGAGCUCUUCCAGUAGCAGUUCGUCUUCAUCGAGCUCGUCGUCAUCGUCCAGCAGUGGAGCGGACCGGUCACGGACUAAACGCAAGACAGCCACUCGUUCACGCAGUGCAAGUCCAGCCAAGGAACCCCCAAAAGAUGUAAAAGCAGUCAGACCCAAAUCAAAGGAUAGAACUGAGCGACGCAGUUUAGAAAGGGACAAUGAUAAGGAAAAUAAACAAACUAAAGCAUCAUCCCCUGACCGCGCGAAUAAAGACAAUCGCGCCCGUAGAUCCCGUUCUGGAUCAUCCAAACGCCGAAGGAAGGAACGUUCUGUUACACCACGGCCCACAAGAAUACACGUUGGUCGAUUGACCAGGAAUGUCGUUAAGGAUCACAUAGCGGAAAUAUUUGCCACAUACGGUGAAAUACGUAACGUAGAGUUCCCGAUGGAUCGUUUCCAACCGUAUGGACGUGGUUUCUGCUAUAUAGACUAUGUUAAUCCAGACAGUGCAGAGAAUGCCUUGAAACAUAUGGCAGGCGGUCAGAUCGAUGGACAGGAGAUAACGGCUACUGCCGUCCUGGUCCAAAAGACUCGCCCGCCAAUGCGUCGUUCUUCGCCAAUAAUGAGGAACAACAGACCACCGCCGCGUUGGCGCUCAUCUCCAAUGCGGUUUCGACGUCGUAGUCCCAUCAGACGCAGCCCUCGUCGUAGACGCUCGCGUAGUCCAGCUAGAAGAAGGAGGAACAGCAACAGUUCCGACAGCUCCCGUUAAGGAGCUACUUCAACUGUAUUUCAAUUUGAGUGCCCCGGUAGUUCUGAAUAUGCAGAUUCUGCAGGGAAUUUACAUAAACAAAGUAACAUAUAUUUCUGUAAUAAACUUACAGAAUACUAAAGCACGGGAAAAGUCCCAAUUUCCAUUUUCAAGCAGGAUACUUUUUUUCUCUUAAACCGCUAGGAGCUCUAAAAAAUAUCGUAGGAUUUGACAAAAUCUCGUAUUCACAACCACAAUAAAUUAAUAUAUCAAUGUAAGGAAUGUUUGAUUAAAUAAAGAAUUUGGAACACAAA